GCUUCAACUUCCUUACGCUGUCAGCGUCCAAGUAGAAUGUACCCUGCUUAGUCGACGUAAGCAAAAAAAUAUUGCCGGAAUGUCAACAUACGAACAUAUGGUUGAAGUUAUAUAUAUGUGUAUUCCUUGUUUUUCUAAUGGCGACAAUGAUUCCAUGCGAAAAGUGACGUGGAAUAUUAGAUCCUAUUUUUUCACUGUUAGUAACGCCGAUAUACCGAAAAUUCGGGGAUCGGUACAAAAAAAUGAUAUUUCCCGAGGAAUUUAUCACUUUUAUAGUAAUUUUAAUACCGUUGGUCGCAUUUGUUUUCUGUGGGAUUUUGUACGUGACGACGAAACCGUAUCCACUUGUUUGGCGACAUGAAGAUGAAAAAUAUUACUUCAAUCCUAGAAGUGGAAUGAGGGAGGCUUUUUCAUCGCUGGAUGAAGAAUGGAGUGUUCAUUUAAGUGUCAUUGUUCCUGCAUAUAACGAAGAAGACCGCUUAUCCCCUAUGCUGGAUGAAUGCUUGGAAUAUCUAGAAAAACGAAAAGAUUCAGGACUCACUUAUGAAGUUAUCGUCGUCAGUGAUGGAAGUACCGACAAGACUGUACAAGUAGCACAAAGUUAUGCUGAACGAUAUAACACUGUGAAAGUUUUAGCGCUUGUAAAAAACCGAGGAAAAGGUGGUGCAGUCAGAUUGGGAAUGCAGAGUGCACGCGGCAGUGUACUUCUAUUUGCCGAUGCGGAUGGUGCAACAAAAUUCAGUGAUUUGGAUAAGCUUGAUGCAAGCAUGAAGGAAAUUGUUGGUUGUGAUUAUUCAAGUAAUCCAGACAAAGUUGCGAAAGCCGAAGGAGUAGUUUGCGGUUCACGUGCGCAUCUGGAAGCCGAAGAGACAGCGAAACGUUCAUACUUUCGACUGAUUCUGAUGCACGGUUUUCACUUUUUAGUGUGGGCGCUGUGCGUCCGUGGAAUUCGUGACACGCAGUGCGGCUUUAAACUACUAACUCGUGAAUCAGCGAGAACGCUUUUUCGCGCUCUGCACGUCGAGCGUUGGGCUUUCGACGUUGAGAUGUUGUACAUAGCGCAAACUCUCAACAUUCCAAUAACAGAAAUAGCAGUUAAUUGGGUGGAAAUUGAGGGAUCGAAAAUUGUGCCGUUCUGGAGCUGGAUGCAAAUGGGACGUGAUUUAGGUCUCAUUUGGUUGAAAUAUAGAAUGGGAGCGUGGAAAAUAGACAGACCAAAGGCGCGUUAACGCACAUCCAUUGUUUUCAUUUUUAUAUGCCCCAGUCACUGUAUUCUUUAUUCAAUUAUACAUUUGCACAUCUACGCAAUAGAAAUGCCAUGUUGAAAACGAGAAAACCAUUUUUCUGUAUUAUUUCCUGGUUCAUGUAAAAUGUCGUAGCUUACAAGAAAAUCGGUAUAUUCGAAUACUUACCUCGACAUUUUAUCCUGCAAUUGAUCAAUAGCCUUAAUAGUUAAAAAUCCAUUCUUAACGCAUUUUUUGUGAACUGUAUUUCUUCCCUCUUCGAAAAUGAACUUUUUGAUGGUAUUAUUGGUCAUUUACAUAUAAUUUUUCAUGCUACUAUACAUACAUUCCUAUCAAAAAAUCAACUUAAAUCACCGAUAUUCGUUGAUUUAUGUUCUAAGGGAUCCGAAAAUCUUUUCAACGGUUGCAGUUUUCUAAGAGAAAUUUAUAUUAUUAAUAUAUUUGUUAAUAAAUUCUCCGCUGAAGUGUUCCAUCAUCAUGAAUUCGUUGUUUAUUGUAAAGAGGGCUUAAUGCAAUUUUUCAUUUAAAAAUAUAGUCACAAUAAUUGAUGAUAA